AUGUACCUGAUCGCUGUGUUUGGAAACCUGCUCAUUAUCCUGGUCACCAUCUCUGACUCCCACCUUCACACCCCCAUGUACUUCUUCCUCUCCAACCUGUCCUUUGUAGACAUCUGCUUCACCUCCACCACCAUCCCAAAGAUGCUGCAGAAUAUCCAGACCCAGAGCAAAGUCAUAACCUAUGAAGGCUGUAUCAUCCAGGCGUAUUUUUACAUAUUCUUUGCAGGAUUAGAUGACUUCCUCCUGACAGUGAUGGCCUAUGACCGCUUUGUGGCCAUCUGCCACCCCCUGCACUACACAGUCAUCAUGAACCCUUGGCUCUGUGGACUGCUGGUAUUGGUAUCCUGGAUAAUGAUUGUCUUAUUAUUUUAUUGUACGAGCCUAGGGGUGUACCUUAGCUCUGCUGCUACACACAGCUCACACUCAAGUGCAACAGCCUCUGUGAUGUACACUGUAGUCACACCCAUGCUGAACCCAUUCAUCUACAGUCUGAGGAACAAAGACAUAAAGGGGGCUCUGAAGAGAGUCUGUGGAAUAGUAGGUAUAAAAAGGCCAACUGUCCUGGGGCAGAUGAAGUGCCCUUGA